CAUCGCUGAGAGGAGGCCCGUGCGUGUGGGGCGGGCCAGGAGCAAGGAGAGGCCUUCCUCCCUUUGUGCUCCCCCCUCCUCUCUUCCCCCCAGGGCCCUAUAAAUAGGCCCAGCCCGGGCUGUGGCUCAGCUCUUGGAGGGAGUCAGGCACCAGGCAGCGGUCUCAAGCCAAGCCCCCUGCCAGCAUGGCCAGCGAGUUCAAGAAGAAGAUCUUCUGGAGGGCCGUGGUGGCCGAGUUCCUGGCCAUGAUCCUCUUCGUCUUCAUCAGCAUCGGUUCUGCCCUGGGCUUCCAGUACCCAGUGAAGAACAACCAGACGGCAGGUGCGUCCCAGGAUAAUGUCAAGGUGUCACUGGCCUUUGGGCUGAGCAUCGCCACACUGGCCCAGAGUGUGGGCCACAUCAGUGGUGCCCACCUCAACCCUGCUGUCACGCUGGGGCUGCUGCUCAGCUGUCAGAUCAGCAUCCUCCGGGCCGUCCUGUACAUCGUCGCCCAGUGCGUAGGGGCCAUCGUGGGCACUGCCAUCCUCUCGGGCAUCACCUCCGCCCUGCCUGAAAACUCACUCGGCCGCAACGAGCUGGCUCCCGGUGUGAACUCCGGCCAAGGCUUGGGCAUCGAGAUCAUCGGCACCCUGCAGCUGGUGCUGUGUGUGCUGGCCACCACCGACCGCAGGCGGCGUGACCUCGGAGGCUCGGGUCCCCUUGCCAUCGGCUUCUCUGUGGCCCUGGGACACCUGCUGGCGAUUGACUACACCGGCUGCGGCAUUAACCCUGCCCGGUCCUUCGGCUCCUCGGUGAUCACUCACAACUUCAAGGACCACUGGGUUUUCUGGGUGGGGCCGUUCAUCGGCGGAGCCCUGGCUGUGCUCAUCUAUGACUUCAUCCUGGCCCCACGCAGCAGCGACCUCACGGACCGAGUGAAGGUGUGGACCAGCGGCCAGGUGGAGGAGUACGACCUGGAUGCCGACGAAGUCAACUCCAGGGUGGAGAUGAAGCCCAAAUAGAUGAGGGCCUGGCCCUGGGCAUCCACGUGGGGGGUGGGGGGCAGGGGAGGGCAGAGGGGGGGAAGGGUGAAAUCCAUAUUGUAGACACUCUGACAAGCUGGCCAAAGUCACUCCCCAAAGAUCCGCAGGACCCGUGAGGUCAAGCCUGACUUGGGACUAUUUCUAUCACUUUCUUUCUCUUUCUCUGUUUCCUGGCCUUAGGGCUUCCUGGGGACCAAGAUUUACCAAUCACCCACUCCCUUGAAGUCACAGAGGAGGUGAAAGAGAGGGACCCCUGCUAAGUUGUCCCCUCAGAGUGUGACGGGAGAUAUGCCAGAAAGUCCCCCCUCAUCCCAAAGUUGCUCACCAACCCACCUGCCGCAGGUGCCUGGGGUUCCACCACUAUUGCUUUGUGCCCAUGGGUGUGACCCCUCUUUCUAAUGACACGCACUUUGCCCUUAAGGGCGCUUUGAGGGGAAGAGAAUCCAGGAAGUGCAGUGAUAAGGCAAGUGGCAGAUAAGAUUCGCCCUUGUAGUUGUCCCCUCAGAGGACAACUGGGCCUCCCCACCUUGGACUUGCUACAUGGCCUUGGGCUGCCGUAGCUUCUGGCCUUAGUGCCCCCCAUCCAUAAAGAGGCAGGGACAAGGGAAAGCUAUGUGGGCCGGAGGCCCCUCUCUAUGAUUCUGUAAGCUAGCUACACCUUGGGUUCUGGAAGAUGUGGACCAGACCUAUGUGCUUUUUCCAGCUGCCUGGGUCUUUCCCCAGAUAUAUGGCUGAACACAGCACACAUGUUACAGAGCAGAGAGCAACAGACAGUUCAGUCAUUGACAUUUCCUGAACCGGGGGAGCAGGGCUGAUGCCCUUGCAGUGGCUUCACAGGUCGGGGUCUCCUGUUGCAGAAUGAAGGUCAUCUAGAGGAUGAAGAAGGUGUACAUUGUUGCUCUAUUCACUUUUAUUUGGUCUUUUCCUCUUAUUACUGCAUCAUCUUGCUCAUUACUCAGUUCUCCACUUCCUCCUGUCCGUGUAGACGCAGGUCACCAUGAUCCAGGGGUGUGUUUAUUAAUGGCAGUUAGUUGUCUGAAGUCCCAAGCCUGAACACAAGUGACCCUGCUGCAGCUCUGCCCAGGGAAGUGGACAUAUUUGCUGGACCCCUUGGGGAAUUUCCACAUCCCCAGCUGAUCCUGAGAGGGGAGAAGCAGCAGAUUUCCCCCUUAUUCCUGAUUGAGGCAUUUGUGGUGACUGGGUGAACUGCAGGCUCCCCAUGUGACCCCAGGCCAUACCUAGCCUUUUCUCAUUUACCUGGAGGGAAGAGUUGGCCUUGACCUGUGAUGUAGCUACUGCCAUGUCCCAAGGACAGUUCAGAGCAGAGUCUGUUUGGAGGCUGCUAUCUAGAGCCCAUCAAUUCCACCAUGGCUGGAGCAGGUACCCCCUGGGCCAGAGCCACCAUGGUGAUGAAAACUGAGAGACAGAGUUGCAGGUAUCUAGAGGCAGCGAGGAGAUCAGGAGGCUCUUGACUGUCACUGACCUAUCAUGACAUCUGCACACUCUCUUCUCCAUUCUCUACCAGGGACUUCUAGUCCAUUUUAUAGAUAAGGAAACUGAGGCCCACGGCUCCACAGCUAAAUAAUGAUUUGGCCAGGCCUUGUGGCCAAGGUCAUGUCUCUGGCUGCACCUUGGGCCGUGAGACUGACUCCUCUCAUUCCCAGCUUCUGAAUGUUUUUCCUGGGCAGUGACCAGGGACUAGGAGGGGUCAGGGUCAUGCUGGAGGGAGAGGGAUGCAGCUCUGCUCCCCAUCGACCCCAUGCUGGCUGCUGUGUACCAGGACCCUGCUUCUCUCUGCUCUGCAUAUAUGUCUCUUUUGGAAUUGGAAUUUCAUUAUAUGUUAAGAAAUAAAGGAAAAUGACUUGUAAGGUCAU